AUGUCGGGCAAACCACCAGAUAAUCUGCCUUCCGAGGUGUCUAUCCUCAAGACAAAGGCGGCAGCGAAGAAGGGGUUGAAUGUGACGCCAGAGAAGACAGAAGUGGUUUGGCCAAAACCUGAGUUCGGGCCAGGGACGAAGAUCCAAUUCGUGACGGACGAGGGCCAAGAGGCGAAGGGGUUCGUCGUGGCCGCUGGAUCCAUGUUUCCACUUGGUGCAGCUAUACCCGCCAAACAUACUUUGCAGCAUGGCCUAUACCUCCCGCCCGGAUCGAUGCUACCCGGUGGCGCACUUGUGCCUAUCCAUCAGCGAAUGGUCAGUGUGCAGCCUAUCGAGACAAAGAAGUCACUUCCUGGGCCUGCCGAGCCGGUUUGCAGCAUUCAGUAG